AUGUAUGAUGCCAAAGCCUUUUUACAAUGGAUGGCAAUUUCUAUGUCAAAAAACCAGUAUACUAGUUCACUCAUGCCAAUUGUGUACAAUACCGCUCGGCAUUAUCAAGGUGCUCAGAUACUUAGAGAUCAGCAAGCGGGUGAUCACUUAGCUAUGUAUAAAAAGCAAGUAAUCGAAAAACAUGGAAAAGAAAUUGACGCAGCAGAAACAGCGGAAAUAAAUUUAUAUCAAUCUAUGACCACUGCUUUAAUGUUAGAACCGGAAGAAAUAAAAAAGGAUGAAAAGACCACGAAUAAUAUUCUUGAUACAAUACUGGAUUUAACAAUAGAAGCAUCCCAAUCAGCAACGCUAAGAACAAACACACUCUUACAUAUAUCGGAAUUGCUUGUCGUCUUGACUAAGAUAUUCGUGAAUGACGAUGUGGUUGAUUACGUUCUGAAACACGCUCAAGUAGAAAAUCACAUUCUAGUACAGUCGAGAGUACAAUUUUUCUGUGAUCUUCUAAUACGUACUAAAAUCGAUAAUCAAAACGACAACUUAUUACAACUUACAUGUAUUACAUUAUUUAACAUUCUGUGGAGUAUUUCUUUCAAUGAUAAAUAUCAAACAGAAAUGAAGCAGAAUGAGCUAUUUGUAAGUGCGAUAAAAGCGACUGCUGAGAAUGGAAAUAAUGAAGAGUUAUUUGCGCAAAACAGCUUUCAGAAACAUUUGUCAAGCAUAAAAAAAGCAGCUGAUGGAAUACUAUUUAAUUUAAACCUCGAAAAAGUCUCAAAAUUACCGACAACAUAUUCUACGAAUGCUAGUCCCUCUAUUUUUAUUAGUUACUCACAUGGCGAUAAAGUAUUUUGUAAAAACUUAAUUGAUACUUUACAACAGUCGUCAAAAAAAACGCAUUUCUGGGUCGAUUUUCUUAAUAUUAACAGUGCAGUAGUACAUUCUGAUGAUCUGUGGGAACAGAUUGCUGAGGCUAUCGAAAAAGCAGAUGCCAUUAUUUUGAUUAUAUCGAAAAACUACUACGACAGUAAAUCGUGUCGGCAAGAACUCUCAUACGCCAAAGACAUGCAGAAAAAGCGAAUAAUACCGAUAUAUAUGCAAAAAGAGUACAAGCCAACGGGAUGGUUAGGCAUUCGAACAGCCGGCUUAGCCUACGUCGAUUUUAGUAAAAAAGCGUUUGACAUCGCAUUUAAAGAACUGAGUGAAAUACUAAAUAAAUCAACGGAGAUCAUCCCACAACUUGAGCAAGCCUUAACGUUAGUAGAUAGUGAUCCGAAGCAUACAACGUCAAUUGAUUCGAAUAGUUCGAUAGCAUUAGAAAAGCCUACAACUACCUGGAUAUUGGAGGAUAUCAAUUUAUGGUUCGAGAAGAAUCGUAUCAGUACUGAACUAAGAAUGUUAUUUGACUUUCAAGAUGGAGCCGAACUACUCACCUAUGCCAGCGAUUUGAAAUCCAAUUUAAAACGCGAAGAAAAAAAUACUCGUAUACACUUUGAAAAGAAGCACAACGAGCCGUUAAGUACCCUUCAAUUUAACCGAUUCAAACAAGCGCUGUACCGUUUAAUAGAUGUACAAAAUCCUGCCAAAAGAAAUGAUUUGUCUCAUAGCGGAAAUUCACUAGUCUCACGAAUUUGUUGUAUGAUGUGA